GCUGGGAAUUAGCAACAUACUAAUAUACGAUAACGAAACCGCCCCCACCGCCGUCCAGUCUAAGGUCCAUACAAUGUUGUGAUUAUAGACACUGGUCCUUCCCGUUCACCCACUUUAUUCCAUUUUCCAACAACCCAAACUACCUACCCUUCUUCUUCACGACACAUCUUAAUAGUCUUUGUUUUAAAUUAAUAUUAAUAAUGUUUCAUUCAUCGACAACAGUGCUUUGCAUGAGUCCUACGAACCAAUGCCCGGUUAUUAAGGACUAUGUCUUAUUAAAUUUAUAGUAUAAUUUGUUUUUUGAGCUUCGUGAACACCCCAUUGUCUCCGAUUCUUUAAUCAACUUCUACCUGAAUUCAUGGCGGUCCAAAGCACAAUAUUUAGAUUAGUGUUCAUGUAAUCCGUUCUGCCUCAUUGCUUCUAAGCUAUCGCUUUUAUUUGAGAUUCAAGUUGCGGUAGCUAGCUUGGUUAAAAUCUUCUGUUGAGAUUGCAAGCUCUGUAAAGUUGGUCUCUUUAUCUCUCUAAAUUUUAAUUUUUUUUACCAUGGGAAAUCUGAUUGUUAUAUAUUAUGGAUUCUCCCAUUGAAGUUUAUAAGGGCCUUAGUUGGGUUUUCUCAAUGGAUUUUUCUAAUGUGCUUUCUAAAAUUUAAAGUUUGCUAAGAUGUUUUGUUGUAUUCUUUUAUUGAUCACUUCUUCUUUUAGACGAUCAGUUCAGUGAAGAGUUUGGAAAAUAAGGCACGGUUUGCAAAGGAUACUUUGGAAGUACUUAUUAUAUGUUGCUGUUGUGCACAAACACUGAAACAGUACUCCGAGUCCAUAAGCAACUUCUCAGCCGGAUCCCAAGUUCUUGACUUGAGCAUUCAUUCGGUACUUGGUUGGAGACAUAUUGAAAGAAACCAAAAUGGAAGGUGGGUUUUUUCCACCUCGCAAAAUUGGUUCAUGGCAUGGGUUAGAGUUAGAGGAUGUGCAAGAAAAUGAUGAACUCAAACUUGUCUCAUCAUUACCUGCCAUACCUCAGCCACCUACCCCACAUGAGCCAAUGGAGUUCUUAUCCAGGUCUUGGAGUCUCUCUGCUGCAGAAAUUUCAAAGGCUCUUUUAGAAAAACAGAAGCAUACUUUCAAUGAUAAGAAUCAAGCCACGUUGCCAGAAGCUAUUUUGGCACCUCAGCUAGUAACAGGGAAGAUCAUACCUUUUGCGAAUUGUCGAAAGAUGGGAACUAUUGGAAAAUGGUUUCAUCAGAGGCAUCAUGGGAAUGCUAAUAUAACUGUGAGGAAGAAAGAUAGGGCUCGUCUAGAAAACGCUCGUGUGCAUUCUGCUGUGUCCAUUGCUGGGCUAGCUUCAGCGUUGGCUGCUGUAGCUGCAGCAGAGGACUCUAGUGACUCUCAUUCAAAGUUGAACCUUGCUCUGGCUUCAGCCACACAACUCUUGGCAUCACAUUGCAUUGAAUUGGCUGAACUAGCCGGAGCUGAUCAUGAUCAUGUGGCUUCUACUGUAAAAUCUGCAGUUGAUAUUCAUACCCCGGGUGAUCUAAUGACUCUUACUGCUGCAGCUGCAACAGCUUUGCGAGGAGAAGCAGCUCUAAAAGCAAGAUUGCCAAACGAAGCAAAGAGGAAUGCAUCUAUAAGUCCCUAUGAUAGGGUACAAAUACCGCAAUCUCAUUGGCAUCCUGCUUUAGAAAGUCACAUGAGUGAACAUCAUCCUCCAUGUGUGGGAGAUUUAUUGCAGCUCACACGAAAAGGUGUGUUACGAUUGAAGCAUGUUUCUGUUUACAUCAACAAGAAGUGUCAGGUCAAAAUCAAGAUCAAAAGCAAGCAUGUUGGAGGAGCCUUCUCCAAAAAGAAUAAAUGUGUGGUUUAUGGAGUCUGUGAUAAAGAUGGUGCAUGGCCAUACAGAAAAGAAAGGGAAACAUCGGAAGAGUUUUACUUUGGCCUCAAAACUGCACAAGGUCUUCUAGAGUUCAAAUGCAAUACUAAACUCCACAAGCAGAGAUGGGUUGAUGGGAUAGGGGAUCUACUUCGUCGAGUCAACUCUGUUGAAGCAACAGAGCGUUCUCUAGAAUUUUUAAGCAUUAGCACCACCAUAUGACUUGUUUGAGUUGUAUUGUAUAUGUAUACGUAUACAAAUUAUGUAUGUGUAUCUAUCUAGCAGAGUAGGACAAAAUUUUGCCAAACACUGUACUCUUAUAAAGCAAUGGGGUUCAUUUCCUUCG